AUGGAAUCUCAAGGCCAGAAAACCACAAUAACAACCGGAAACACUCAACCUCAAUCAAUGACAGAAGGUUCUCUAAUUACUAACCAACCCAUUAUCAUUGACCUUGACCCUGAACCCUCCUCAACCGAAAUAACCGUCAUUGAUUUGGAAGCAGAGGAUGAUAGUAAUAAUAUGGAUAUUGUUCAAAGUCAACUUUCACAACCACAGCAACCUAAUAAUUUAAUUUCAAUGUCAAUGUCAAUUACACAAAAUGAAAAAGAUGAUCAAAAUGCAUUUUCGUAUACUCCGGAAGCGCAGCAUACUGUGUCACCCCGUGUUUUUCCGAAUUAUAUACCGUCUAAAUCGACUACACCAACUCCAUCGACGCCAACAAAUACUUCGAGAGUUGAAAACUUGAGUAUUACUGAUAAUAGUAAUAAUAGUACCCCUGAGCAACUAAAAACUGUACCGGGAGAAAAGAGACAUGUUCAAGUAGCCCGAUCAUAUGAAAAUAUAGCGAAGAAACAAAAUUGGGUGAAUGCUAAUGGGUUAUUCUUUCCGAUCAGUGUUGAUUCAUUAUGUAGUUUCAUAAGACAUAAAGCGGAUACAAGUACCAUAAAGAGUAUAGAUUGGUACGUUGGGGCGCUAAAAAAGUAUCAUAUCACUGAAUUAGGCAUUAAAGAUUGGGAUGAUGUUCGUAAACAUCCAAAAGUAAGAAGUGUUUUAGCAGAAAUUGAGGAAGAAGCUUCAGCCAAAGUCAGGAAAGAUAGAACUCAUGGCGAAGCAGAUAUGUCGGUUGGAAAUAAAGGCAAGCAAAGCAUCGUCUCUAAUGAUGCUAAUGCCUCAAUAUUAAGCCCUGCUCGCUCUGCACAUAAUUAUCCGUCUAUUUAUUCAUCACCUAUUGGGUCUUCCGUCCGCGGCUCUGGUUCAAAAAAUGUACAACGGUUAGAUCCUACGAAUCGACCUGCAGAAGCAAUCUUAGCAAUGCUGGGUGUAAUGGAUUCUGCUGAUGAAGAUACAGAAAAGAUGUCUAAAUCAAAGUCUCCGAAUAACGUCAUAAAUCUUGAACGAAGAAAGCGAGAUCUGGAAAUGAACAUGCCACAUGUAGAUCCCGAUGAACCGGAGAGCUUCAAAUUUCGAUACGACUAUGCUAUUGCAAUACUGAAAUCCAAAUAUACCGGUCAAUGUAGCUUACAUCCAAAAGGUUGUUUUGAGGUGCAACCGAAUUUCCAUUUGGAAUUGGAUGAAAACAUGUUUCGACAUUGGGCGUCAUUAAUAGCUUCUGGUGAUGAUGUCACAGAAGAGAAGUUACCCGAGUUUCUAGAGAUGCCAGAAUUCCAUCCACAAACAGUCGAAUUAAAAGAUGAACAAGUGUAA